AUGGCACACCUCAUCCAAUAUUUAGAGGACAUCAAACAAAUUUCACCAGAAAUUCACUUGUUCUGCCCUCGCCAGAACGAGGAUGACUUCGACAGAUACGAGAGUGAUACAUUAGUUGGCGAAGAUGGCAGCCAGGCCCAGAGCGACCGGACAAAGCGUCAAAGGAUCAAGGAAGCUAAAGAUCGCCGGCAGAAAUUCAUGGAUGCCAUGGGCUUGAUAGCCUACGAUGGUCCAGAAACGGAGGCCUACAAGAACUACAUAUGGGAAAGGCUCAAUGAUGCUCUUUCGAAAUGUGACCUCUGCAUACCCGCUUACUACGUUGCCAAACUCGAAUUGAAGGAUACUUUACAGCAACAGUUCGAAGAUGAUGACAUCAAGAGCUUCUUCUCCAUCAUCGACAACGUGGAUAUAGAGCGUAUCAUCAAGGGUCUGGACAGGGCCAAAGUCACACUGCAGAACGUCCCCGAACAGAAGCGUAACCUUAGCUGCCUUGAUCAAGCAUCGCUGUUCUCCAUAUUUGAAGCGUUGAGCUGCGAGGCUUUCCUACGAAAAGGGGAUCUCCUCGACGCCCAUUUUGAUAAGCCUUUUAAACUCAUCCAGGGAAAAAGGCCUCUGAAGACGAGAGACUACGUUCCUGCUGCUACUCGCUUUCUCUUUGACAGUCAACCUCAUCGCUUUAUGUGGGCUUCAGCGGCGUGGGCUCGAUUUGAUCGGCCCCCUACUGACGCCGAGUGGACCUGGACAGUAAAGGAUGUACUGCAGAAGCGGUUCACACAGACAUACGAAGAACGUUCACCAGCGGCAGUCUGGCGUCUUUGGAAUGGUCUACGCUUCAUUGUGGGGCGCCUGGAUCAGCAACAGAUUACGCAUAACUUGAGAUCUCUAGAACCUGACAUUAGCAAGAUGGCCCUAGAUCAUCUAGCAGUCAAGACAUCUGGCUUACAAUUCAUCGUUCAAUCCCUUAAACUUCUUCUACAGAAAGCUCCUACUGACGUCUGGGACGCUAUGGGAUCCAUAUCUCCUUCAACAGUGGUUGAACAGAUUUUCAGCAGUCCCUACUAUGAAAAACUUUUGCAAGACACCAGUAAGCAUGACUCAGAGCAGGACUCGAGUGCCGCUCAGAUGCUCUCAUGGAUACCUGUGUUCCAAUCGUCUUUGAAACCUGCGAACCAACCUCAUGCCUGUCGAGCAUUAGCUGCGCAACUCUUCCAGCGGGCGUAUAGUUCAAAUCUGACGGUGCAGGCAAGAAUAGCUUGUUAUAAAGCCGCCUUGAAUACCCUUCUUGAGGUCCUUCAGCAAUUCUCGGACUCUCCUGAGCUGCGCCAAUCUGUAGGACGAUUCGUAGUGUCCGAUAUACUCGAUAUUGUUGGGCAGCACAUAGUCCAUAUCAUAGAGAAGCCUCCAGGCGGUGCCAGCUCACUGGGCACGUCGGAAGAUCUCGAGCCACCGGCAACGGACGUUGUUCGCUACUCCCUAGAUUUAGAGUGUCAGAUACUCAAGAAUGACUUUCAGACGAUAUUGGCUGGGAAGAUACUGCAACAGGGGCCAAGCACAUACACUCCCGAUAUCUGGUCUGUGGUGGUGCAAAACCUCCAUAGUAGUAACACGCAGCUAUCGGAGGCAUGCCUUCGUGGGACCCUGGCCUUGCCCGGUCUUGAAAAUUUCGUUAACAGACGGUCAAAGGAACUGCCUAAGGAGUCACAGCAAUACAACGAUGUCUUCGACAAGAUCACCAAUCUGCUCAAACAGAUAUUGGAACGCAUUGCGGACUUUGCACCGGAACAUCUGGAUCACCUUUUUAAGACACAAGAGACCAGCAUGCCACUGAUCGCUGCCCUCUUUUCGGCCGAUCAGGGCACCUAUCUGGCAGCAAAUGAUCUUAUUAAGAACGUCAGUGGCCAACCAGGGCAGAAAGAAGCCUUGACUCAUUUGCUUCGUGCAUUCCCAGGUACCACUCUUUAUAGUCUCUCGUGGUCAUUUCGGCGGACCGCAUUUAUGAAGACCUUUGCCUCCAUACCUCGAAUACUAAAGACAGGCAUGGACAUAUUGGAUAUUCUUACCGACACACAGACAGGCCUGUUGAGGGACAGUAACCUCGAACCUCGUGAUUUUCACGCAGCACAGACUUAUUGGACGUACCAAUGGCAAGUUUUGAAAACUGUGUUCAAGGACACAGAACGCUGGCACACGCUAUACCAUGAUAAAGCACUGAUGACAGAGGUUUGUCGAGACGCUAUGCAGUAUGCAGAGGCUCUAUUUGAGCAAUAUGACGUGUUUGCAAAUGCAACAUGCAACGCAAAGUCUGAGUCGACUGAAGCUGUUGAUAAACUGCUCCUCGAGAAUAAUAACGGCUCCCCUGCUGCUACCCUCCAAGCGAUGAGCAAAUGGCUUCGCCUUAGGGAUGAAUAUCUGUCUGCCACAUUGGUGAAGCUGAUCACAAAGAUGCUUCAACGUUUAAGUGAUCACAACAUCAAGGUGCCCUUGGAGGGCCUCGGAUACAUCGAAGAAGUAGCUGUACAGAAGACCAUCAAGACGAUGCUAUCAGCUCGGCAAAAGGCAGAGAUCGUGAGAGCCUUGGAGAUCUAUCACAAGAGGCCAGUUGUUGUAGAAGAACCUUCAAUGAAGCAGAAGAGCCUUACGGAGUGGACCAAACAAAGUACAAAGGGGGAUGGGUUGGAGAGCAGUGCUUCUGCUUCACGUGAGCAAAGUGUGGACGAGUUCAAUGACUCUGAUGUUCUGGACAAGGACUUGUAUGAAUUGUCAAAAUCGGUCGAACUAAGCAAAGCUCGGUUCCCAGUGCACCAAAAGGCACAGAAGGGUGCGAAACCUGAUCUUACCAAACAGAUAUCGGCCAAAGUGAUCAACAAGGCAAUUCCGCAGAAAUCGAAGCAAGAGGUGUCUGCUUUUCUAGAGACACGUCGAAAGGAGACUGAGGCGAGAAAGGCUCGUGAUAGGGAGGCAGCCGCACAAUUGCGAGGACGGAUUGGCGUUGGCGAGCAAACCAAAAACCAAGGAUCUGGAGUGAAUGGUAUCGGAGUCAAGGGCAAAGAUCAUACUCUGGCAGCAGAAAGUAUGAUGGUAUCAUCAGAAUCGGAGACUGACUCGGAAGACGAGAUGGAUAAGCAGCUCUUUGGAUCGAAAGUUAAAACUGUCAAACAGACAGGAGCUGGCCUCUUCCCUGCAAUGGUCAAGGCUGGUGCAAAGGUCCCACAAGGCCCAGUAAAGAAGAUCAAAAGGUUGCUGCAUAGAAAUGACAUGCGCGCUCGACUUUCUCCAGAUCUUUCCAAUCUUCAUCGGACUAUCCUCGGAUGGGACUUCUUCGCAGAUACAGAGUUGCCUCCAGACUCUGGCAAGGACGAUUAUACGCUGGUCUCAAAUACGUUCUCCACCGUCUUGGAUUAUCAGAGGACGUUCGAGCCGCUCUUGAUCCUAGAGGGCUGGCAGAGCUUCCGUUCUGCAAGAGAAGAUGGAAAUUUCAAGUCCUUCCAAAUCAAAGUCUCGAAUCGUCUCAGUGUUGACAGUUGCGUCGAGGUCAGUACCACCAUGUCAUUCGCAGAGAGCAGGGAGUUGGGAAUCGGAACGGCGGACGUGGUGCUCCUGUCCAGGAAUCCACAGCCACAUAGUGCUCCUGAUCAGCCGCAUUGCUUGGCCCGAGUCAAGGAGAAGAAUUCGAAGCAAGGGCAACUUGAAAUAGUCCUUCGGGUCAACGCUGCGAACAACCCUCUUCUUUCCAUGCUAGCGCCAGGCACUGACCUCUGGGGUGUGCAACUUUUGUCACUAACUCCCCUAGAACGCGAGUAUGGUGCAUUGAAAGCACUUGCAUUCUACGACCUUGGUGAAGAAGUCAUCAAGGCAAAGCCAUCACCGAUUCUCAAUUACUCUGAAGAGCAGCUUCACCCACUAGUUGAGAAUUACAAUGUCAACAAAGCUCAAGCGAAGGCUGUUCGAUCUGCGCUCGAUAAUGACGCAUUCACAUUGAUACAAGGGCCGCCAGGUUCCGGUAAAACAAAGACAAUAUGCGCUAUGGUCGGUGCAAUGUUGACGGACUCUCUUCGCAGUCAAGCAAACACUACUUCGCGCUCCCUAACCUCUAAUGGGCAUCCACAUCAAACCCAGCCUACCAUUCCAGCCAAGAAGAAGGUCCUGGUAUGCGCCCCCAGCAACGCAGCGGUCGACGAACUAGUCAUGCGAUUCAGGGAUGGAGUAAAAACACUCGACGGACGAAAGGAAAAGCUGUCCAUUGUACGACUUGGCCGCAGUGAUGCAAUCAACAGCAAUAUCAAAGAUGUCACGCUUGAAGAGCUAGUAAAUGCAAAGCUCAAUCUGGCCACGCCAAAGCAUGGGAGUGAUCGAGACAUUCGCGACAUCAUGACCGAACAUAAGGACACUUCCGACAAAUUCCAUGCCCUAAGGAUUCAAAUGGACGAGCGUAGGGCCAAGGGAGAACCAGUGUCACAGGCCGACUCGCAGGCGUUGGACAGAUUAAAGAAAAAGAGGGGUGAGUUGAGUCUACAGAUUGACAAAGCUCGAGACAAACAGAAGACGGCCUCUCGAGAUGCAGAACUCGAACGAAGGCGUAUUCAACAAUCUAUUCUGGAUUCGGCAGACGUGCUCUGCGCCACACUGAGCGGGUCAGGCCAUGAAAUCUUCCAGAGUUUGAACAUUGAGUUCGAGACGGUUAUUAUUGACGAAGCAGCCCAGUCGAUUGAACUAUCCGCAUUAAUACCCCUUAAAUAUGGCUGCUCAAAAUGUGUUUUGGUUGGAGAUCCGAAGCAGUUGCCUCCCACUGUUUUAUCCAAGGAGGCUGCGCGAUUUCAGUUCGAGCAAAGUUUGUUCGCACGCAUGGAAAAGAACCAUCCCAAAGACAUCCACCUACUGGACACGCAAUACCGAAUGCACCCAGAAAUCAGUAGGUUCCCUAGCAAGACCUUCUACGAGAGCCGGCUCAAGGACGGUGAAGACAUGUCCAAAAUACGAGCACGCCCAUGGCAUUACGCCUCGUUACUUGCCCCGUACCGAUUUUUUGAUGUACAAGGAAUGCAAUCGAGUGCUCCAAAGGGACAUUCCCUGGUCAACAUUGCUGAGCUGGAAGUUGCCAUGCAGCUUUACGAACGUUUGACAACUGAUUGCAGACAGUAUGACUUUAGAGGGAAGAUAGGCAUUAUCACACCUUACAAGGGUCAAUUAAAGGAGCUGCGUGCAAGAUUUUCUCGUCGGUACGGUGAAGGUAUCUUGUCGGCCGUUGAGUUUAAUACCACAGAUGCCUUCCAGGGUCGUGAGAGCGAGAUCAUUAUCUUUUCAUGUGUACGUGCAACAACGAAAGGCAUUGGCUUCUUGAGCGAUAUCCGACGUAUGAAUGUUGGCCUCACCAGAGCCAAGUGCUCACUUUGGGUUUUGGGAGAUUCUAAGACGCUGAUUAAGGGGAAGUUCUGGAACGAUCUUGUCACCGAUGCAAAGGCGAGGAAUCUAUAUACUGACGGUGAUAUACCACGGCUCUUACACAGGCCGCUCCUCACUGUGGAUAUGAUACGUGACGACAUUGAAAUGGACGAUGUCACUUCCUGCACACCAUCCGUUGCCAUAACGUCUUCCAUUGAACCCACGCAUGCAGAUCAGAGAUCCAGCCACGGUAGAAAGAGAGAAGCUACAGUUGGUAUGAGCUCAUCAUUAGCUUCCAGCUCGUUGGAUUUGGCUGCUGGUGCCCCUUGCUCAAGCAACCUUGGUUCACCCAGAAAUCCGAAUUCUAGCUCCAAAUCCGUGACGUCUCAACCGGAGUCAGCCCAGACAGUGACACCUGUGUCUUCGACAUACUCUAGGGACAUUGUUCAUACACCCACCAAUGGAUUUCGGCAUCAGAACAGUGGGCUGGGCGGUGUGUACGGACCUUCUGGCGGCAGAAAUGGGCUCAACGAUCUGGCAAAAUGUCGCGUUUGUGGAUCAGAUAACCACUUCACUCAUGCUUGCGAGAAUGCCGCGGCAAGAUCAGCCACUCAGGGCAAUUGCUUCCGAUGUAGUAGCCCAUUUCACUCAUCAUGGGAUUGCCCCGAACCUCGCUGCCUCGAAUGUGGCGAGGUCGGUCACGGCCAAAGAGCUUGCGAAGCACCUCCAAAUCUUCGUUUAGGCAGAGCAGAAAAAGAGCGUGUCCAAAUACAGGAAGACGAUUUCUCAAGGGAAAGAACGAGAGCCAAGCAACGACGAGCAGAUAAACAGCUUGGAGAGCAUGGUGCGAGUAUUCCCACCGUGAAAAGCACUCUACCAGGUCAAGGAAAAUCUCAAGGUCCAAUACCUGGAAGUGAUCUAUCGAAUCGUAGCAAAGCAGAUACAAAGCGCAAGAGAGAAGAAGUGUCCCCAGUCAACGCACCGAGAGGACCAAAAGCUAUGAGGCCUGGCAACGGUACUGUCGACUUGACGGGGGUCGAUGAUGAAAAGCGUUUAAUAGAUGGUCGGAAGCCUGAUAUGGGUGCUGCUCCUCGGCAUCCCGGGGCGAUUAACCGCUCAGGCUCAGUUGGCAGAGUCAUCAUCAAAAAGAAGCCCAAGGAAAGCGACGUAUUCCUGAAAAGAAAAUGA